GGCCUAAAAAAAACCAAGAAUCAGUACCAAAAAGAGGUUUUAAAGACUCAUAACGACAAUAGCAGUGAAUUUAAUGAUAUCGAAGAUCGUGAUGGAGAAAUAAGUAUUUUAAGAAUUGAAGAAGCGAAUGAUGUUAUUACAAAGCUAAUGCAAGCAGUUUCAGAAGUAACUACCCAUCGCCCGCUUGUGUAUAUUGGAAAUUCGGUAAGAACCAGAAGGUGGCGAAGACAAAUACAGAGGAAAGCUGCGGUUGGAACACCUAAUGACUCUGAAACUUCUGAAAGCAAUUUUGAAGUCGGAACUGCUAAAGAUCACAUGAUAUAUAUUGAGAAAUUGGAAAUUAAGAGUAAUAAAUAUAAUGAGGUGGAAAAAGCUCGUCUCUAUGCAAUUUUAUCUUAUUUUCAUCUUGUAGAACAAGUAAGAAAAGGACUGUAUAUGGACGGGCAUGAACAAGCAGAUGUGGUGGCCUACCGAGAAAGAUUUUUGGAAAAAAUAGCAGAAUAUGAAGCACAAAUGGUAGUUUUUUCUGGUGAAAAUAUGGAAGAAGAGACUCGACCAGCUUCUCAGAUCAUAAUUUUGGUAACACAUAAUAAGUAUAUUUUUUCAACGUAUAAUGGAAGGCAUUGGUUAUGGAUGCCAGAAGGUGAACAACCACUUUGUAAAAAAGAUCAAGGACGGUCAUUUCAUGUGAGUGAAUUUCUUACUGACAUUGCUGGACGUUUAGUACUGUGUGAAGAAGAUAAGGAUGCUUUUCCUGAACUUCCGUCAGAAGCAUACAUUAUAAGUUACCCGAGUAAAGAUGAUGAUAAAUGGUAG